AUGAUUAGACUAGCAGACCCCCUCUUCGCCAUCGCAAUCGGCUCAACAUCCGCCGUGCUGCGAAUCCAGCGCGACCUGCGUGAUCAAACCGUCCAGACUCAGAGUGUCACACCUUCCGGUAUCACAGCCACAGCCACAGCUGGCGCGAAGAGGGAGGAUGUCUCAUUCACCAAAAUUGCCGAGAUUGGGGCGAGGCGGGUUGGGAGGUGGUGGAGGGGGGAUUUUCAAGGUUUAUAG